AUGUUACCCAACCUACCCCUAGGCACCUUCGCCUACGGCCUCCUCUACAGCCUCCUAACCUUCACCCUCCUCGUCCACGCCGCCGCCUCCAUAAACCUCACCCCCACCGAGCGCUACCUCAGAGACUCGGCCCCCAAGCUCCCGGGAAUCAAAUACACCGUCCCCAAGCCCGUCCUCGGUUCGCGUCCCAACACCCGCAAGCUCGACGUCGCUCACUCCUUCCAAACCCUCCAAGGCGUCUCUUCCCACUCCUCCACUGGCUCCAGCAACGCCCCGCGCGCCGCCCUGGUGAACCGCCGCUCAGCCGCCUCCAUCCUCGGCCAACACCAACGCCGUCUGCGCCAAAACUCCCUUCGCACCCACGGUGGCCCUGAUGGCCAUGGCGGCGGCGAAGAGGGAGAAGACGAAGAAGGAUCCGCCUACGGCUACGAAAACGUCACAGUAACCACCGCCUUCGGCACCCAAUACGCCGCCGAAGUGCACUGGAACUCGGUCCCUUUACUCCUCCUCCUAGACACCGGCUCCUCCGACACCUGGGCCAUCACCCACAACUUUUCCUGCUUAGACUACCUCGGCAACGAUGUCCCUCAAGAAAUCUGCGGCUUCGGUCCCGCUUACACCCUCCCCCCCGCUCAUACCACUCCCACUCCCACUCCCAUCCCCGGCACUGGCAGUAACAGCACCAACUCCUCUACCAGUCAUCCAUCCCCCCAACCACCAAAGGAAGAAGACCUCUGGAAACCCUACGGCCCUACGGACCCGCAGACGCACAUGUUCAUCCAGUACGGCGACGGGGAGAUCGUCACGGGCCCGAUGGGGUUCGCGGAUAUCACUGUGGGAAACAUCACCGUUAAGAAACAGCAGGUGGCGUUGGCGGAGAAGACGUUUUGGUUUGGGAAUAAUUUGACGAGUGGGUUGAUGGGGCUGGCGUUCCCGAGUUUGACGAAUGCUUAUUUGGGGGGGAUGCCGGGGAGUGGUUCGGGAAGUGGAAGUGGAAGUGGAAGUGGUGAGGGUGAGGGUGGUGAAGGUGGUGAAGGUGGUGAGGGAGGAGGAGAAGGCGAGGGUGGUGGUGAUGGAAGUGGACUAGGAGGCGGUUCAGGCCAUGAAUCCUACAACCAGCUGUACUACCCGCCGUUGUUCACGAGCAUGGUCAACCAGGGCUCGGUGCCGCCGCUGUUCAGUAUCACGAUUGAUCGGAAUGCUAGCUCGGGAUUGCUGGCUUGGGGUGGAUUGCCGCCUGCUAAGGGGCUGGAGAAGGGGAAGGAUGUGGAGUUGGAUAUGAUUAUUACAAACUUGAUCGACGUCCCCGAAACCGCCUACGAUUACUCCUUCUACACCGUCAUUCCCGACGGGUGGCAGUUCGGCGCAAACACCAACACCAGAAAAUUCCCUUAUAUCGUCGACAGCGGAACUACCCUCUGCUACCUCCCAUCCGCCGAAGCCCAACAAAUCAACACAGCAUUCAACCCCCCGGCCAUCUACCUCUGGAUGUACGGCGCCUACUUCACCUCCUGCGACGCCAUCGUUCCCCGCGUCGGCGUGGUCCUGGGCGGCAAGACCUUUUACAUCAACCCCGUCGACUUGAUUAACCAGGACAUGGUCGAUCCGUUGACGGGGCUGUGCAUGACGGCGAUUGCGGAUGGUGGGGCGGGACCGUAUAUCCUUGGGGAUGUUUUUAUGCAGAAUGCGUUGACGGUGUUUGAUGUGGGGAGGGGGAAGAUGAGGUUUUUGGGGAGGGAGUUUUAUUGA